CCUCUACUUGCGCUUUGCCAACUCUCUCUUUUUUCACACCCACUCUUUUAUUUUUGGGUCUUCUUAAUUGAUUUGAUCGGUCUUUAAGAAGUACUGUUCAUCAUGGGUACGGGAAAGAAAGAAAGGUCCCGGAAAGACCGGCAGGGGAAGACUGGAGAUGGCAUGGCCAAUGUCACGGUCAAGGGUGAAAACUUUUACCGGGAUGCCAAGAAGGUCAAGACCUUGAACAUGUUCAAGGAGGGCAAGGCCCAGCGUGAUUCUGAAGGAAACAUUACCAAGGCUGCUUCGUACCAGUCUCGGGAUGCCCCCGUCGCUCGGAUCGAGCCCAACCGUAAAUGGUUCGGGAAUACCAGAGUUAUCUCGCAGGAGGCGCUGUCGUCGUUCCGUGAAGCGGUCGCGGAGCGUUCUUCCGAUCCUUACUCGGUUCUGCUCAAGACCAAUAAACUCCCCAUGAGUUUGAUCAGAGAUAACACUGGGACGGUCAACGGGUUAAAACAACAUCAGGCGAAGAUGGCUAUUGAGACGUCUCCGUAUAACGAUACGUUUGGCCCCAAGGCCCAGCGUAAGCGUGUCAAGCUGGGUGUUGCGUCCUUGGAAGACCUCGCUGGAGAGACGUCCAAGGUCCAGGAAGCCUAUGCCGAGAAGCAUGACCAAGAGAAGAAUGAUGAUGGGAGUUUCAUGGUCAACGCGGACGUGGGUCAUAUUGUCGAUGACUUCACUACUGCGCCCGUCGCACGCGAGUCUGUGUUCCUCAAGGGACAGAGUAAGCGAAUCUGGAACGAGCUGUACAAGGUCAUUGAUUCGUCGGAUGUGGUUAUCCACGUCCUCGAUGCUCGUGACCCUGAAGGCACUCGCUGUCGAAGCGUUGAGAAGUACAUCCGAGAGGAGGCUCCUCACAAGCAUUUGAUUUUCGUGGUCAACAAGUGUGAUCUUGUGCCCACUGGUGUUGCAGCUGCUUGGGUACGACAUCUGUCCAAGGACCGUCCUACGCUUGCCUUCCAUGCCUCCAUCACCAACUCUUUUGGCAAAGGCUCCCUGAUCCAGUUGCUUCGGCAAUUUUCCUCUCUGCAUUCCGACCGGAAGCAGAUCCAAGUCGGGUUCAUUGGCUACCCCAACUCAGGAAAGUCGUCUAUCAUCAACACUUUGCGCAAGAAGAAGGUGUGCACUGUCGCCCCUAUCCCUGGCGAGACCAAGGUCUGGCAGUACAUCACCCUCAUGAAGAGGAUCUACCUCAUCGACUGCCCGGGUGUGGUUCCGCCCAACCCCAACGACUCGCCGGAAGAUAUCCUUCUUCGCGGCGUUGUCCGAGUGGAGAACGUUGAGAACCCUGAGCAGUACAUCCCUGCUAUCCUCAAGCGGGUGCAGCCGAGGCAUCUUGAGCGGACGUACGGCAUCAAAGAGCCGGCGGAUGCCAUUGAGUUCCUCACUUUGCUUGCACGCAAGGGCGGUAAGCUGCUUCGCGGAGCCGAGCCCGAUCUGGAUGGCGUCGCCAAGAGUGUCAUCAACGAUUUCCUUCGCGGCAAGAUCCCUUGGUUCACCCCGCCUCCUUUCAACCCGGCCGAGAAGGGCGAGAAGAUCGAAGGUCGUGAGGGUAAACUCGGCGAGAUGCGUCGCAAGCGUAAGGUCGAGGAUACUGUCUCGGAAGAGGUCGACAACAGCGAGCAGACCUCGGCCAAGGCCGGCUCUGAAGACGAGGAGUUCGGAGGACUUGACAGUGAUGAUGACUCCAUUGCCAACCUCGAGGUCAGCGACGUGGAGAGUGGAGAGGAGAAUGACUGAGCGUUUGGGCCACCACUUUUCCAUCCACCAUUUUCCAUCCAGGAACGAAUGGAACCUCUUGGGGAAACAACCUCACACCCGAACGACAACCAGCGUCCAUUGCCCGCAGUAGGCGCACUUUCCGUCGCCU